UGGUGAUUAAUUAGGGUGUUCUGAAUGCAUAAGAGUCCCGAUGUGCAUGUGGGUGCCUUGUCUGUGGUCUGUAUAGUCUUGUGUCUGAGCACACUGCUGCUGGUGUGUUUACCCUGGCUGGCCACAGUGAGGCGCUGUGGAGGAGCCCUGGCCCUGUUUGUUUGGAGCACCCUCUUCAUCAUCGCUGUGGUCUUCAUCUUCACCGGGGGACCAGUCACCGCAUGGGAACAGGUGGCGUUCUUCCUCUUCCUGUCGUUCAGUGUGUACUCAGUCCUCCCUCUAUCUUUGGCCUGGGCUCUGAUGGUUGGAAUCUUCACCAGUGUGGCUCACAUCAUCAUCAUCAGUGUUUAUGUCCCAGUGACCAGCCCCCAUAUGCCAGACCUCGCUGUGCAGCUGGUGGCCAAUGCCCUCCUCUUCUUGUGUAUAAACUGUGUUGGAAGUUACCACUUGUGGGCGACAGAGCAUGACCUCCGAAAGUCCAACCAGAAAAGAGAAGAGUUCAGCGCCAUUCGCUCACAGAAGGAAGUCCAGAAAUACCAACAGGAGCAGCUUCUUCUCUCUGUUUUGCCUCGGUAUUUGGCGAAAGAGCUGAAGGCCGAGGUGAUCAGCCGUUUGUGCAAACCGGAGUCCAGAGGUCAGCCUGCAGCAGAAGAUAAAAACAACUCUCUCUUCCACAGUCUCUACAUCAGACAGCACAGGGACGUCAGUAUCCUGUACGCUGACAUUGUGGGCUUCACCAAACUGGCCAGUACGUGCACCCCGGAGGAGCUGGUGGCUGUACUCAACAAACUUUUUGGACGAUUUGACGACAUUGCAAAGAAAAAUGGCUGCCUGCGCAUUAAAAUCCUGGGUGACUGUUACUACUGCGUCUCUGGUUUACCUGAUCCAAUUCCAACUCAUGCCAAGAACUGUGUACAGAUGGGACUGGACAUGUGCACAGCUAUUGGUAAAUUGCGCGAGGCGACAGGCGUGGACAUAAACAUGCGUGUGGGUGUGCACACGGGGAGCGUUCUGUCUGGAGUCAUUGGGCUCCAAAAGUGGCAGUAUGAUGUCUGGUCACAUGAUGUCACUCUGGCCAAUCACAUGGAGUCAGGCGGCCUUCCCGGUCGUGUGCACAUCACAGAGGACACACUCAUGCAUCUGGACGGAGCGUACCUGGUGGAGCCUGGUAAUGGCGCGACCAGAGAUCCCCUCCUCCAGGGCAGAAUAACCUACCUCGUCAUCGACCCCGAGAAACCACAAGGCGUUCCACGCAGGCACAAACUGGGGGCAAAGCUAACGGCAGAGGGCCAGCGUCAGAGAGCCUCCGUGCGGAUGUCUCAGUAUCUCCAGUCUUGGCAGACCAUCCACCCGUUUGCUGAACUCAGCAACCCUGAUGCCAAGCCCUCCAAAAAGCAUCUUCUCCGGAGAUACAUGGGGCUGAACCACCCCCACCAACCACAAGAAAAAGGCCCCUAUCAGAAUGACCCCUCUGGACGACUUGUUGUCAGUGAUGCAGUUCGAAGUUCACUGGAUCCAGUUGACACGGCAAGGUGGAGAAAGAAGAAGUUGAAUUGCUUAACUCUGCUGUUUAACGAUUUGACUCUGGAGAGAAAGUUUCGGUUGUCAGAAGUUCAGGGUUUGCACAGAUCCAUGACAGUUUUGGCUGUGAUCUUUGUCACUCUUUUCGCCGUUCAGAUGCUCGUCUCUGUAAAAAACUUCCAGAUGGGUAUUUCCUAUGGAGUCACUUUCCCUGUUUUAGUUUUGCUUCUGUCCAUCACAUUCAUAGCAUAUUUAAAGAAAUGGCGUACAAAGUUGCCGAUGAGUCUUCACUGGGUUUAUAGUUUUCCAACCGGAGUUUCGAUUCAAGCUGCUCUUCGUCUGUUUGUGAUCAUUCUGUGUGUCCUCAUCACCCUCACUAUGGGAAUCCUCAAUUAUUUUUUCCAACCAGGAGACAACUGUGGCUCCAUCACCAACAUCACUGAGCUGCAGGGACUCAGGCUCUACACAGGACCGUAUUAUCUGUACUGCUGUCUGCUGGCCAUGCUGGGGGUGGUGGUUUUCGUCAAGACCUGUAUGUCCGUCAAGGUGCUAUUGCUAACGUUAGCGGUGGUCGUGUAUCUGGCCCUGUUUCUUCACGUUUACGAGCCGAGAUCUGUCUGCCUCGUCAACCUGAUCUACAACGGCACGCACAAGCCGGGAAUCCUCAAAGACCCUCAGAUCAUGUCUGGAGUUUGGCUUGUCAUCUUCUACAUUGUGGGGUUCAUUUUAGCCAGACAGGAUGAGCUGAACUGCCGCGUGGACUUCCUGUUGGAGCACUGUUUUUGUUUGGAGCGAGAGGAGAUGGAGACUAUGGAAAACGUGAACAAACUUCUACUCCAGAACGUCCUCCCGCUGCACGUAGCCUCAGUGUUCAUGGGAAAAAACGUCAGAAACCAGGACCUGUACAGCCAAUCGUACGAGAGUGUGUGUGUGAUGUUUGCCUCCGUACCCCAGUUUAAAGAGUUUUAUAACGAAAGCAGCGUCAGUAAAGAGGGGCUGGAGUGUCUGCGCUUCCUCAACGAAAUCAUCUCCGACUUUGACGAGCUAUUGUCCAAACCAAAGUUCAGUUCAGUGGAAAAGAUUAAAACCAUCGGGAGUACGUACAUGGCUGCAGCCGGUCUCACUGCCCCUGGAGAGGAGAGGAAGGACCAGUCUGAGCUGCUGUCCUCCCAUGUGAGAGCCAUGGUGGAGUUCGCCUUCGCUAUAAUGGGGAAACUAGAGGCCAUCAACACUCACUCUUUCCAAAGCUUCAAACUCAGGAUAGGUAUAAACCAUGGUCCGGUGAUAGCAGGGGUCAUAGGAGCUCACAAACCACAAUACGACAUUUGGGGAAACACUGUGAAUGUGGCCAGUCGAAUGGACAGCACCGGAGUCCUGGACAAAAUACAGGUGACUGAGGAGACACAGCAAAAGGUGGAGAGCAUUGGAUACAGCUGCACUUUACGAGGAGUUGUGAACGUGAAAGGAAAAGGAGAACUGACUACGUACUUUAUCAAUACAGACCACAGUGGAUCAAUAUGAAAAUGAAUCAAUAUGAAGCCUGCACCCUGCCAUUGCUACUACUAUUGUGUGAAAUACUAUUAGGUUUAAAGGAACUGUAUGUAACGUGCCCUCUUGAACCUAUGUCCCCAGAGUCUUAACCUGCAGAUAGAGGACACAUACAAGUUUAUUUUAAAUUUUACAUCAUAUCAAUUGUUUUUUUAUUUUUUAUUUUUUUAUUAUUAAGAAUAAAUCUGAAUUAAUGUUGUUAUCAGUAAAAGCUAUAUUUGACUUGAACAUGUUUACCUCGUAUCUGGGGACACAGUUAUGUUUUUAUGGAAUUUGAAAUAGAAAUCUCACAUACAGUUCCUUUAACUCAGGAUUUAUGAAGAAGACUGUCUACAACAACUUCUACUGUGACCACUAAUAUCAGCUUUAACUCUUAAUGUGAAGUAAAUGUCAUCCAAUGCACUGCUACAACUAUAACUAGAAGAACUGCCAUUUAGAACUAGAAAAGCACUCAGAGAGCGCAGACCUCCGCCAAGGACUACCCCCAUUUUUUAUAUAAAUUGCGAUAAAAUCAGUCUUCUGGAUCAGAUCCGGAUCAGCCUUUGGAAUAUGAAAGAGGAUCCCAUUGUCCAUCCCUGAGUCAAAUUUCAUGGGGUUUGGUCAAUAAUUAACCGAGAUAUUGAGAAACAAAAUUUUUGGCCCCAUUUACCACAAUGUUAACUAAAAUUUCAAAGUGAUCCAGAAUCCAGGAUUUCUUCCAGAUCACCCCCAAAAUGAAAUAAGUUCUUCCUUUUCACAUUUCCAACAAAUCCUGAAAAUUUCAUCAAAAUCGGCCCAUAACUUUUUGAGUUAUGUUGCUAACAGACAAACAAACAAACAAACAAACAAACAGACAAACGCCGGCAAAAACAUAACCUCCUUGGCAGAGGUAAUAAAUAGAACAGGCUACAGUUAAAGGUGCACCAUGUAACUUUUUGGUUGGGGUCCGUCACCUGCUUGUUUCUAUGGAUUCUGACUGUGUGCGAGGUCUCCUAUCCACUGAUCUGACCUGUAACUUGGUCUGGUUUCGUCUUCAUGCUGAUAGAAAGGUUUAAUGCCAUACUGUGAAAAAGUCCAUACAAAGCAAUAACAUCUUUAUGAAGAAAAGCAUUUGACGGAUCCUCCACAAAAAAAGUUACAUGAUGUACCUUUAAACCAUUAUUAAUACUGAAAAACAAAUUUUAUUUUGAGUUUCCAGUUUCCAAUUUGGGAUAGACUGACAACACGGUUACUCAUGAUCUACAUACUUACAUACGUGGGUGAAGUGUCUUGCCCAAAGACUCAAAGACUGCAUGCAGAAAACAAGCAUACUAUUAUCACAAAAAAUAAUGAAACAUAUUCCCCAUUACAUUUUUUUACACUUGCUUUACAUUUUCUUAAAUGUAAACUUGACAGAAUUUGCACUCUUAAGUCACAAAAUAUUUCAGAAUGUUUAAACAAUCUCAGUGUACAAAACUUGAAAGAUAUGACACUUUAUAAUACUGUAAUGCAUAUAAUGAAGUCUAUUUUGUUGGAUUCCUUGCUUUACUAAUUUAUUGCGAUUUUAAAGGUCCUAUAUUAUGCAAAAUGGACUCUUGUGAGCUUUAAGCCAUGUUAUAACAUUACCUCAUCAAAAAUGUACCUGGAGUUGUGUUUUGUUUCAUUCACACAUGUUUGUGUAACUUUAUUGUUAGUCUGUCUACAUUUCCAAAGAUCAAAAUGCUCUGUUCCACCUUGUGAUGUCAUGAAGCUGUAUUUUUCAAGUUAACCUUUUUAUUUUUAAGUAGAGAUUGGCAUACAGCUUCUAGUGAAGGUGUAUGGAGUUUAAAAACACAGUGGCGCACUUCCUGUAUCACCACAUUACAUCACAAGGUGUAACAGUGUUUUCCAUUUGAGAGAAGAACUCAUCUUAAAUAUGAAGUACUUGUGUGUUAAGCAUUAUGUGAAUGAGUCAAAACACAUGAUGAGGAAACAGCAUUAUAACGUAGUUCAGAAAAUAGCGUAAUAUGGGCCCGUUAAAUGGUACGAAAGGUAAUGUUGAAGAAUGUAUAUAAAACUAAAGAUUGUACAUAUUUAUUUUGAAAUCUAUGUUUGCAAUUUUUGUAAAUACUUAUAUAGUAAAUAAAUAUAGUUUUUAAAUGUU